UCCCUUCUGCCGCCUGCUUCUCCGCGCGCCGGCGCCUCCCCAGACCCGGCACCGCCGACGCUGAGACAGACUGAGGGGUGGCCAGAAACCAAACCAAGCCGAGCCGGCGGGCGGGCGCCACCACUGUCACAGAAUCGGACUAUAAAAACAAAACACCUGUGACAUUUAAAAAUUGGAUUACUCAUCCUCAAGGAUAACUGUUGUAUCCUACAAGGAGAUCCUACAAGGAUCUGCUGUAGGACAAAUGCUGUGAGAAACACAAUGUGGUGAAUCAAAGCCUCAAACCUUGGCAUCUUUGUACUGACUGAGGAGUUACAAUGCCUAUUUUGUGAACACAAACAAUUUAAUAGUGGACAGAACAUCUGAAAAUGCGGCCAUGGACUGGCUCCUGGCGUUGGAUUAUGCUCAUCCUUUUUGCUUGGGGGACCUUGCUUUUUUACAUAGGUGGACACUUGGUGCGAGACAAUGAACAUCCAGAUCACUCUAGUCGUGAACUAUCAAAGAUACUUGCAAAACUUGAACGGUUAAAACAGCAAAAUGAAGAUUUAAGGCGGAUGGCAGAGUCUCUCAGGAUACCAGAAGGUCCUAUUGAUCAGGGUCCUGCUGCAGGAAGAUUACAUGCUUUAGAAGAACAGCUAAUAAAGGCCAAAGAACAGAUAGAAAACUAUAAACGACAAACAGGAGAUGUAGGUUUAGGAAAAGACCAUGAAAUAUUGAGGAGGAGGAUUGAAAAUGGAGCUAAGGAGCUUUGGUUUUUUCUCCAAAGUGAACUGAAGAAACUAAAAAACUUGGAAGGAAGAGAAUUCCAAAGGCACAUUGAUGAACUUUUAUCUGACUUGGGUGAUCAUGAAAGGUCAGUAAUGACAGAUCUGUACUACCUCAGUCAAACAGAUGGAGCAGGUGAUUGGCGAGAAAAAGAAGCCAAAGAUUUGACAGAGUUGGUACAGAGGAGAAUAACAUAUCUUCAGAAUCCCAAGGACUGCAGCAAAGCCAAGAAACUGGUCUGCAAUAUCAACAAAGGUUGUGGUUAUGGUUGUCAACUUCAUCAUGUAGUCUAUUGCUUCAUGAUUGCAUAUGGCACUCAAAGGACCCUAAUUUUGGAGUCGCAGAAUUGGCGCUAUGCUACUGGUGGCUGGGAGACUGUUUUUAGACCAGUGAGUGAGACAUGCACUGACAGAUCAGGAAGUAGUACUGGGCACUGGUCAGGUGAGGCGAAUGAUAAAGAUGUUCAAGUUAUAGAACUACCUAUAGUUGACAGUCUACACCCACGACCACCAUAUUUGCCACUGGCUAUUCCAGAAGAUCUGGCUGAUAGACUAAUUCGUGUUCAUGGUGAUCCUGCAGUGUGGUGGGUUUCGCAAUUUGUUAAAUAUUUGAUUCGUCCACAACCUUGGUUAGAAAAGGAAAUAGAAGAAGCUACAAGGAAACUUGGCUUUAAACAUCCAGUUAUUGGUAUUCAUGUCCGAAGAACAGACAAAGUUGGAACUGAAGCAGCAUUUCAUCCUAUAGAAGAAUACAUGGUACAUGUUGAAGAACGUUUCCAACUUCUGUCCCGCAGAAUGCAUAUUGAUAAAAAACGAGUCUAUUUGGCUACUGAUGAUCCUUCAUUAUUGCAAGAGGCAAAAUCCAAAUAUCCAAACUAUGAAUUUAUUAGUGACAAUUCCAUAUCAUGGUCAGCGGGUCUUCAUAAUCGGUACACUGAAAAUUCUCUCCGGGGUGUUAUUUUGGAUAUCCACUUUUUGUCUCAGGCAGACUUCCUGGUCUGUACAUUUUCAUCACAGGUUUGUCGAGUUGCCUAUGAAAUCAUGCAGACGUUGCAUCCAGAUGCAUCAGCAUAUUUUCACUCUUUAGAUGAUAUCUAUUAUUUUGGGGGACAAAACGCCCACAACCAGAUUGCCAUUUAUGCUCACCAUCCUCGGACUGCUGAUGAAAUUCCAAUGGAGCCUGAGGAUAUCAUCGGUGUUGCUGGAAACCACUGGAAUGGUUACUCGAAGGGCAUCAAUAGAAAAUUAGGAAAAACAGGUUUAUACCCCUCCUACAAAGUAAAGGAGAAAAUUGAGACAGUCAAAUACCCUACAUAUCCAGAGGCUGACAAAUAAAGACAAGUAAGACAACUUGAAGCAACUCUCACUUUGAAGUUCUGUCAACCAACCAUACCAACUGGCUUCUAUGGGAUGAGAUUUUCCAUUUUAACAAACAGUUAAAAUGAAAGCCUUUUAUCAUUCAAACUGGAUACACAGCUUGGAAUGAUUGGAUGGGCCAUUGUUUGGAUUUUUGUUAUAUGCACUUGCACACAUGCACACUGGUACAUGUGCAACAGGGCAUCUGUUGUUUUAUACAGUUUGUCUCUGAGGAUAUGUCCCUCCCAUGAAUCAUAUAUGAGCUUUGUGCUCAAUUCUUUGCCAUUAAUAAACUAUAACGAGACUUUUAACACUGCUGCAUUGUGUAAUUUGAGUGACAUAAGCAUUUUUGGUAUGUGCAGAAUUUAAAACAUGGUGCCUCUCUUUGGAAGAUCCAGUGACCUUUUAGAAGAGCCAUGCCUAGUUCUAUUUACGGGCAAGAGUUUUCUUGACUUUAACUGAUGUUGUUAUGAUCACUGAACACGCUCCAACCAACAGAUUAAAAAAUCAGACUAGAACUUUCUUUACAGGAGUUUUGUUAGCAAUUCCAUUGGUUACUUCAUGUCAUCAUUAAUGAGGAGUACAUACAAGAAAAUAAUUGUCUGGUAGGAACUUUUGUAAAACAAUGCCAUGAACUGAUUCUUUAGUACUGUUUCUGGACAUUGUCUUUGAUAACAAAAAUAAAUUUUAAGAAAAAUCAAUAGCUGGAGUUCUACAAGUAAUUUUUUGAUAUUAUAAAGAAUAAUCAGAAGGGUUUCCAGACCUUUAUUUAUUUACUUGGAGAAGUUUUUGGUGACUGCACUUGACAACACAUAGAAAUUAUUUCCAGUGUCCUCAAACCAGAGGGAGAUAUGUCAAUUAGUCUACUGAUUCAUUGCUAGUUCAAAAGACAAAACUAAGUUGUAGCAGACUCCGCAUGAAUAAUGGCCCCAAAAUGCAGCUGUUGCUGAAAAAAACCUCUUAGUACCUCUUGUGGUAUUUCUCCCUUUUUUUUCCCUUUAAAGCCAUAGCACAAAAUCAACCAUGAGAGAAGCUGGUUUUGCAAGCCUUUAUGAAAUUUGCAAUUGGAUACAGUUAACUUUCUAAUGUCAUUGCCUAGAUAUUUAAAAUUCUGCUUCAGAAUAAAAUGAUACCACAGA